AAAACGGUGCCUGGGCUGUCAUUCAUCGCCUUAGCUUCUGUUUGUUUUCCUGGAAAAUCUUUUCUCGAAAACUUUCCGUCUCAAUCCUCGAAAGCUUUUAGAAGCAGGACUGAGUGUCCAAAUGGGUCCUCGACUGUGCCAAGUCUGCAACGAAGCACAAUCCAAGUACAAGUGCCCCUCAUGCCUUGCGCCUUAUUGUUCUGUAGCCUGUUUCAAGAAACACAAGGAAAACCCAUGUGCUUUGCCAGUUUCUUCGUUGGAAAAACCACCAACCACAGGUCCGGAAUCACGGGUAGAUAGGCCAUUAACUGUUGAGGAACCGAGUGAAGUGCUGCAAAGGCUGCAACUAGAGGCUGUAGCUUCUUCCAGUGAAAUUUGCAGUGCUUUGAAAGAUGAAAACCUUCAGAAGCUCAUUCUAAAUAUAGACUGUUCACCAGAUGCAGAGAAGGAACUUGAGAAAGCUAUGGGUGUGGAUGUGUUUCGGAUAUUUACGGACAAGAUCCUGUCUACCCUUGGCUCAUAACUACAAGCACUUCGUGAAGGACAAUUUACACAGGGAAGAAAUCUGAUUUAAAGCUCGAAGUACCGUUCGACUCCUGUAAGGGAGUCUCACUUCCCAUUCUGUUUGUUUUUCACACCAUCGAGACAUCUUCAACUUCACGAAACGCAUUAAGAAUGUUGUGCUUCCAUCUUGGACAUGGUCAAGAAUUUUGUAAUCGGGUUCCAAGUUUGAACUAUGGAAAUUUUAAUGUGCAACAGCUGAUGCAAGUUGAGGAAAA